GCACUAAAGAAAUGGGGUCCUCACAGUAGUUUUUCGCGAACAAAGCAGACUCCAAAAUGUCGGGAGAGGUAUAUCUCCUGUGGCUUCUGUCGCUUAUACAAACGCUGUCGGCCUUCGGUGCCGAUCUGUCGUCGGAGGCUUGCAGGGAGCUGGGCUUCUCCAGUAACCUGCUGUGCAGCUCCUGUGACCUGCUAGGGGAGUUCAGCCUCACCAAGCUCCAGCCCGACUGCCGGCAGUGCUGCCAGCAGGAGGCCCAGAUGGAAGGCCGCAAGCUCUACGCCGGCGCCAUCCUCGAAGUGUGUGGAUGAAAACUGGGGAGGUUCCCUCAAGUCCAAGCUUUUGUCAGGAGCGACAAGCCGAAGAUGUUCAAGGGUCUUCAGAUCAAGUACGUCAGAGGCUCAGAUCCUGUUCUCAAACUUUUGGACGAUAACGGGAACAUCGCUGAAGAGCUCAGCAUCCUCAAGUGGAACACAGACAGCGUGGAGGAGUUCCUCAGUGAGAAGUUAGAUCGGAUAUAGACUCGAGAUUUCAACACCCUUUUUUUAAGUUAGUUUUUGGUUCACCUCAAAUACAAAAAAACAUAUUUUCCUCACUUAGCCCUUGAGAUGUUCAACCACGUGGACAGUUUCUGUUUUAUGAGAUCUGCAGGGAAUUUAUUGUACCUUAAGUAACAUUUACAGAACUACACCAAAAUUAAGAGCCAAGUGAGUUGGUUAUUUUUUUGUUACAGGAAUGAACCGACUUUAGGGAUUUACCAAUUUGUACACACCUUGGCCUUGAUAGAUGGUUGUUUAAUCAUUGCUCUGUACGAGUGUUUUUGUAUCUGGAAAUCAUGAAUUUCUUGUGGGGAUUUUACCAAAUAAUCAGUGUGAAAAGCCAUUAUAUAAAUACAACAAAUGAUGAAUCUUGGCCAUUAGCUUUGAAAAACUACCAUAGUGCACAUCAUGACGUGUUUCGUUUCGUCUGGGAGUGUCUUUCUCCUCUGUGUGUCUGAUAUUCUUGUAUAAUUAUUUUUUUAUAAUGCUCAGCAUUGUGACUGAUGGAUUUGUAGGCAGACCAAACAGGUCUAAGUUUCCCUCCAAACGCAGCCGUGUGGCUGAAACUCACUUUUGUGACGACGUCACAGUAAACCAACUCUGGGUUGUGACGUCUGAUGUGUGUGCGUUUCUGCAGCUUCUGCCCUGAAGGGAAACUGGAUUUGUUUUGGAUGACUGUUUUUGAGCAAGUGAGGUGAUGGUAUAAAUAUGCAACAAUAAACAACGUCUAAAAUGUGA